GCAGCUGUAUCUAAACCAUACAUCACCGAGUCCAAUGCAAAGCGUGGGAUGCAGUGGUGUAAAGGACAUCACCACUGGGGAGACGCCUUCUCUGGACUGAUGAAUCACGCUUUUCCAUCUGAUGGACCAGUCUGGGUUUGGAGGUUGCCAGGAGAACGCUACAUUUCGGACUGCAUUGUGCCCAGUGUGAAAUAUUGGUGGAGGGGGAAUUAUGGUGUGGGGUUGUUUUUCAGGAGUUGGGCUUGGCCCCUUAGUUCCAGUGAAAGGAACUUUGAAUGCUCCAGGAUACCAAAACAUUUUGGACAAUUCCAUGGGAUGGCACUACAACUUCAUAUCAGUGUGCAGCAACAAGGUGUGUAGUGUUCCCCCUGAGAAGGAAAAUGAGGACGUGUCUCCACAUCUGCUUGGUGGCGCCACAGGACCCCGACUCAACAACAAGCAGCUGUACAAAUUCAGCUACACCACCCAGGUGCUGGUGGCCGGGGCCCGGGGCCCGAAGGAGGGCGGCGUGGGCUCCAAAGUCUCCAGCGACGUGGACGUCCAUCUCUUGUGGCGAGACCCUCGUGACCAAGACGAGCAGCUGAUACAGCUGAAGAUAUCCAACGUGAGAGCGGACCACGCGUCCCAGCGGGCCCAGAAAAAGAAGAAUAUCCUCCAUGGAGGCAACAUUGAGAGUCUGCUGGGCAAAAGUAGACUGGCAGCGCUGACUAAACCUUUUUAUGUGCACCUGCGCAAUGGAAAGGUUAAGGCCUUUUAUUCCUACUGGGCGGAGCCUGCCAUCAUUAAGAACCUCAAACGAGGAGUGUCCAGCAUGUUGCAAGUGCAGCUCAACACUGGAAAAGUUAUAGAGAACGACGUGUCCGGAAGGUGCACAGUUGGCUACAAGGCAGAAAACAACCAGGUGACAAGAACAAAGUUCCUGCAGUCCUGCAAAACUGCAGAGAGCGGCUUCACCACACACAGUCAGGUUAUGGGUGUGGCCCGGAAGUCGCGCUCCGUCACGGUGUUCACACUGGAAGAAGGUUUCAUCCGCUCAGCUGUGGCUGAAGAAGAACACUGGCUGAUCGUCAACGCUCACCGCUCCUCAUCAGCCAAGGUUUUGUCCAGGCAAACCUUCACCCUGGUGGGCACAGAGGCCGGACCUCUGGAGGCUGCUGGGAAAGACCCUUCCAUGGUGGUCAAGUCCAUUGAUGCCAAGCUGGCAGCUGUUGGUAUCGUGGCGGAGAAGAUGAAAUCCAAGUGCAAGAAAUGUCCCUCUCUUUUUGAAGACUGGAAAGCUGUUCAGAAGAAACUAGAGCCGGAGAGUUUAUCCAAGGCCACUGCCCCUCGCAGCUUCCUGGCUCUCAUCCAGAGCAUCAGAAAAGGAUCCAAAGACGAAAUCCUGAAAGUGCUGAAGAGCGCCAGCAAAACUUCUCUUCCUCAAGUGGUGGAUGCUGUCACCUCCUCCCAAACCUCUGCAUCUUUGGAUGCCAUGCUUCAAUUCCUCAACUUCACCGACGCCAAAGGUCUGGUUCUGCAGGAGAGGUUUCUGUACGCCUGCGGAUUUGCCUCGCAUCCCAACGAGCGCAUGCUGCAGGCUCUGUUGGAGAUUUCUAGAGGGAAGAUCGGCAGCACUGACAUCAGGGAGUCUGUGGUGAUCAUUAUGGGAGCCCUGGUCCACAAGCUGUGUCAGAAAGGAGGAUGCAACUUGCCGGCAGUGGUGCAGGUCAAGAAGAUGAUUCUGGCGGGUCCGGACAGCACACAGGAUGAAGCCAAGGUCCAGAUGUUCCUCCUGGCCCUAAAAAACUCUCUGCUCCCUGAGGCCAUUCCCAUCUUUACCAAAUAUGCUGAGUCGGAAGUGGGCGCGUACAACACCAUCGCCCUCACCAGUCUGCAGAGAUACGAUGCCACGCUCAUGACGGAUGAGGUGAAGCAAACGGUGAACAGAGUUUACCACCAAAACCGAAGGAUUUAUGAGAAAAACGUGCGAGCGGCCGCCGCCGACGUCAUCCUCAGCAGCAACCCGUCAUACAUGGAGGUGAAAAAUCUCCUCUUGUCCAUCGGUCACCUGCCUCAUGAGAUGAACAAGUACAUGUUAUCCAAGAUCCAGGACAUCCUCCGCUUCCAAAUGCCUGCCAGUAAAGUGCUGAGACAAGCUAUGCAGGAUAUAAUUGCACACAACUAUGACCGCUUUUCAAAAUUCGGGUCAUCGUCUGCAUUCUCAGGAUUCAUGGCAAAAUCUGCCGACGUGACGUCCACAUACAGUCUGGACAUCUUGUACUCGGGCUCUGGGAUCCUGAGAAGAAGCAACAUGAACAUUUACGGUGCCAGUAAAGGAGCAGUGCUGCACGGACUACAGGUGGCCAUCGAAGCGCAGGGCUUGGAGUCGCUCAUCGCCGCCACGCCCGAUGAGGGCGAGGAAAAGUUGGAGUCUUUUGCCGGGAUGUCAGCGCUGCUGUUUGACGUCCAGCUGAGGCCGGUCACCUUCUUCAAGGGCUACAGCGACCUCAUGUCCAAAAUGUUCUCCAUGAGCGGGGAACCCAUGAAUGUAGUGAAGGGCCUCAUUCUGCUGACCGAUCAUUCUGAGGUCAUUCAGCUGCAGUCUGGUCUGAAGGCAAGUGCGGAGUUCCAAGGCGGGUUAGCCAUCGACAUCUCUGGCGGCAUGGAGAUCAGCCUGUGGUACCGGGAGUCCAAGACCAGCGUCAACAACAGGGGCGCACUGGUGGUCUCUGGUAAUGUUACAGUAGACUUGGACUUCAUGAGCGCCGGUUUGGAGGUCAGCUUUGAAACCGAGGCCGCCCUGGACUUCAUCACCACCGUGCAGUUCUCCGAGUAUCCCUUCCUGGUGUGCAUGCAGAUGGACAAAACCACCUUCCCUGUCCGUGAACACGUGAAGAAGCACGAGAGUCUGCCAUCAGGGAAGAGCGUGGUGUCACGAAGGAGCAGGAAGAUGCUCGUCCCCGGCUCGGAAUUCCCACUUCACCAGGAGAACUCCAACAUGUGCAAGAAGGUUUUUGGCUCCGGCUGAGAAUCCACCGCGAGACAACAACAUGGUGCAACCAAACUUGAUAGUAGAUACUGUUACCUGAUUGGCUGUUAGCAUGGCACUUCCUGCGUUGCUCAGUUAGCGAGUGUCUUUGUUCAUACAACUUCCUGUUUCUUCCAAAAAAGAAAAAAAAAAAUCUAACAUUUUAUCAAACGCAUUUUUAAUUGCUAUUGAUCCGAGGUGUAUAGCGAUAUAUAUUGAUAUUGUUUUAUCCCCCAGCCCUCACGUGAAGCGACUGCUAUGUCCAGACCUAAACAGAGUAGGCUCUAUGUCAGUAAAUGAUUGACACUCGUGUUGUUUCCACCAGACAAGAUCUGGCAUGAAAAAGAAAUCCACCAAAAUAAAUAUCAAAAGUUUUCAAGAAGUAUUUUGUCUCACCUACAAAUUUCUGAAAGUGUGACCGUUUGCUGAGCAAGUUCGCCUUACGGGAGGGAAGGGAUUCAUAUGGCCCCUUUCCUUAUGAGGGGGUUUAAUCCUCUUGCAACGCAGUCUAAUGAAAACAAUGGAAAGUGCCACUAUACAUGGCAACUGACGCUGUGGUGAAAGUUGGAAUUGCCACAAAACACAUUUUAAGAUGUUCAACACGCUACUGCCAUCUGGCGGCUAAAGUAAAUAGUGCACCCCUAAUUUGUCACCUUUCAUGUGUCAGGAAAACCGCAACGGGGGCCCAUAUGAAUCCCCUUCCUAAUGUAUACUUACAGAUCCAUUGGUUUUACUAU